ACAUGAUAGUACUAUUAAGACAUAUUUUCUUAGCACUCAUUAGCAGCCUCUAUAAAAAUGAACAAAACCCCAACUAAAACUAUACUCAAAAGUUCUCUAUUUGUCUCCAUUCUUGAAAGGGAAAGUGCCUAAAUAAAUUUCUGCAACGAAAUAAUGGUUACAUUAUACUACUUUCUUUAUUUUAUGUUAAUGUUUGCUACUAUCAAUUAUAUUAUAAGCUGUGAAGGGAAAGUGCAGUUACCAAAGAAUGUGGUUUUAAAAGCAGUAUUUGCAUUUGGAGAUUCAAUUGUUGAUCAAGGAAAUAAUAAUUAUAUACCAACUAUAGCAAAGUGUAAUUUUCCACCUUAUGGUAAAGACUUCAAUGGUGGAAUGCCCACAGGAAGAUUUGGCAACGGCAAAACGCCACCGGAUUUGAUAGUUGAGGAAUUGGGGUUAAAAGAGCUUGUGCCAGCUUACUUGGAUACAAAUGUGAAUAGUGAAGAUUUCAAAACUGGAGUAAGCUUUGCAUCUGGUGGUUGUGGAUUUGAUCCUCUAACAUCUUCCCUCGCGGCAGCCAUACCCCUAUCAGGACAAGUAAAUCAGUUCAAAGAGUAUAUUGGGAAGCUAGAAGGAUUAGUUGGGGAAGAAGAAGCCAAAUAUAUUAUAAAUAAUAGCCUAUUUUUGGUGGUUGCUGGAAGUGAUGAUCUUGCUAAUACAUAUUUCACUGCUGGAAUUAGACUAAAGAAGGAUCUUAAUUCAUAUACUGAUCUCAUGGUGGCCAAAGCUUCUGAAUUUAUCCAAGAAUUGUACAACUUGGGAGCAAGAAAUUUUGGGAUUUUUGGAAUUCCUCCAAUAGGGUGUUUGCCAUCACAGAGAACACUAGCUGGCGGGCUUACUAGAGGAUGUGUUAAGGAAUACAAUGAUGCAGCCCAAUUGGCCAACUCAAAAUUCUCAGUUGGCUUUGAUACAUUAUCAAAAAAGUUGGCCCAAUCCAAGCUUGUGCUCGUAGAUAUCUAUAAUCCUAUUAUUGAUAUCAUUGUCAACCCCAAAAAAUAUGGAUUUGAAGAAGUUGAGAGAGGGUGUUGUGGCACAGGAAUAAUAGAGGUGACAUUAUUAUGCAACAAAUUCACUAAAACAUGUGACGAUGAUACAAAAUAUUUAUUUUGGGAUAGUUAUCAUCCAACUGAGAAAGCUUACAGGAUUCUUGUUAAUCAAAUCUUACAAAAAUAUAUCAACCGUUUCUUGUAGAUGAUGAGCACAAUCAAAAUCAAGAUUAUUGUAUCACCAAAUUUGUAUACUUUUGGAUCAACAGUCCAAAAAAUGUGUUCAAUAAAUACUUCAUUUAUGUAUACCCAAAGUGUUUAUGUUGGAAUCUAAUAGAAAAGAAUUGUUCAUCACAUUUGGUCCAAAAAAUAUGUUCCAUUAAUAGUUCAUUUAUGUAUACCAAGUGCUUAUGUUGGAAUCUAAUAAAAAAGAAUUGGUCAUGA